AUGUUUAUAUACGAGUUUAUGUCAGGUGUCGCCGAAACAAUUACUGGAACUACUGAAAGACCAGACGAGUUGCAGCUGAGACUUCAAGUGGUAUUUAAGUUUCAUGAUACAUACUUUCAGGUCCUUGCUUUAGAAUAUAAUAUGGAGGGACCAAAACGAUUCGUAGGACUUUUCGGGCUAUUUAACUUAGGCAUGAUUAUUAUAAUAGCGCUUUACAUUAUUGUGGGUGUUUUUGGUUAUCUCAAAUAUGGGGAUACCAUUGAAGCAACAAUCACUCUGAACUUACCGCAAGAAGAAAAAAAGGCACAAGCAGCAAAAAUAAUAUUUGCAUUGGCAAUUUUCUUGACCUUCCCGCUGCAGAACUACGUCGCUUACAGCAUGGUGUGGCGAAAAUUUCAGAAAAGGAUUCCAGAGAAACGACGCCUCUUACCUGACUACGCGCUACGUGUGGCACUUGUCGUUAUACCCUGUAACAAUUGA